AUCUUUUCCAGUAGGGGGCGCAUGUGAAGAUUUCUUUGCAUAACACGGUCUCAUGUGCUUCUGAAGAAAGAGCAUGGCAGCUACAGAAGCUCAUAAAGUGAUUGUUUACGGAGGAAAGGGAGCUCUGGGCUCUGCAUGUGUGCAAUACUUCAGAGCUAAAAAUUGGUGGGUUGCCUCUAUAGAUCUCAAUGCCAAUGAAGAAGCCAAUGCCAAUGUUACAGUUAAGAUGACUGAAUCCUUCACUGAGCAAGCCACUCAGGUGACAGCUGAUGUCGGUGAGCUCUUAGGUGAAGAUAAAGUUGAUGCCAUCUUGUGUGUGGCUGGAGGUUGGGCAGGGGGCAGUGCCAAGGCCAAAACUCUGUAUAAGAAUGCUGAUCUGAUGUGGAAGCAGAGUGUGUGGACCUCCACAAUUUGCAGUCACCUAGCAACCAAACACCUGAGAGAGGGGGGGUUGCUCACACUAGCUGGGGCUAAAGCAGCACUGGGUCCAACAGCAGGAUGCAUUGGUUAUGGUAUGGCUAAGGCAGCAGUACAUCAGUUGUGCCAAAGUCUGAGCGGGGCAAAUAGUGGUCUUCCUCCGGGAUCCGCUGCAGUAGCAAUACUCCCAGUGACUUUGGAUACACCUAUGAAUAGAAAGUUCAUGCCAGAUGGUGAUGUCAGUUCCUGGACACCACUAGAGUACAUAACAGAGCUGUUCUAUAAGUGGACUACAGGAGAGAACAGACCUCCUUCAGGUACUCUGAUGCAGCUUGUUACUGCAGAUGGAAAAACAGAAGCUACACCGACGUUAUGAUCAAUAUGAUGUAUGGUAACAAAACCCUUCAAACCAAGCCAAUAACCCACCACUGUCUCUGCAUUAGUGAUACUUUUUGUCUUACUGCCUUUUGGUUUACAUGUAAACAUCAAAUUACUGUAAAUCCUAACUCUUAAAAAUAGGAUAGUUGCAUAAAAAUGAUAGAAAGAUGUUGUUUUGUAAAUGUGAUGGCAAAUGAAACUGUUUCAUUCUGAUGAAUUUUGUUUCUUUUUUUGUCUCUAUCAAAGAUUCUUUUGACAGUCACAGUCUGUUUCUCACCAUUGGGUGGCGCUGAUGAUCAAUUUAAUUACAGGUUCUCCUUUGAGUCCAUAUAGUCAAAAAAGUAAACUUUAUAAACAGACUAGAAAAGUGAGUCAGCAUUAAAAAAAAGUGCAUUUUGUAAGUAAUGCAGAUUUUUGUGAUGACUGUCAUUUGUCAAUGUCAAUGUCAAUUGUUAUUUAUUAUAACAAUGUACAACAAUAAAUGGAUCCUGAAAUGGGCCUUUAA